UAUUUCACUAACCACUGUUUUUCAACAUGGCUACCCGUAAGCGUUAAAGUUCGUAAAAUUUCUUUAUUUUAUGAUUACGACAACAACUUCACAAGAAUUGUAUAGUACAGAUUAAAUAUAAGUUUAGUUUAUAUUAUAUCAACUUAAAAUGGAUCUCCAAAGCGUUUUACCAGCACCAACUCAACCGAUUUGGGAUCGCGAUGAUGAACGCCGUGAACGCGCCGCUGAGAGACCCUCAACUUCAGUGGUACUUGCUCUACCAAUUGCUCCUCCUUAUGGACAACGACGUGGAUGGGUUCCGCGACAACCCUCUGAUUAUGGAGAUGGUGGAGCAUUCCCUGAGAUCCAUGUGGCUCAAUACCCACUGGAUAUGGGUAUGAAAGGCAAAGAAUCUACCUCAAAUGCACUCGCAGUGCAAUUAGAUGCAGAAGGCAAAGUAAAAUACGACGCAAUUGCAAGACUAGGCCAUGGCAAAGACAAAAUAGUUUAUUCAAAACUAUCUGAUCUGUUACCAGUUGAGGUAAUGGAUGAAAAAGAUCCUAGUUUAGAGAAACCCAAUCAGGAAGAGAUUGAAGACGUCACAGAACGCACCCGGCAAGCGUUAAUGAAGAUAACAAAUUCAAAAAUCGCGGCGGCUAUGCCCGUAAGAUGCGCAGAACGUCAGGGUCCAGCUGAAUUUAUUCGAUAUACUCCUUCACAACAAGGCGCAGCGUUCAAUUCCGGCGCAAAACAACGCGUAAUUCGUUUAGUUGACGCUCAAGUCGACCCGAUGGAACCUCCCCGGUUUAAAAUCAACAAAAAAAUCCCGCGUGGUCCACCAUCACCUCACGCACCAGUUCUACACAGCCCCACACGUCGUGUAACUGUAAAAGAACAAAAAGAAUGGAAGAUCCCGCCUUGUAUCUCCAACUGGAAGAACGCAAAAGGUUACACUGUGCCAUUGGAUAAACGUCUUGCCGCUGACGGACGUGGUCUUCAACAGUUACACAUCAACGAGAACUUCGCUAAACUCGCUGAAGCUUUAUACAUCGCUGAUAGAAAAGCGCGUGAAAGUGUCGAGACACGCGCACAGUUAGAGCGUAAAUUAGCUCAGAAAGAAAAAGAACAAAAAGAGGAACAUCUACGUGCGUUAGCGCAAAAAGCGCGUGAUGAACGCGCCGGGAUUAAAACUCAUUCGGAUGCAGGCGCGACGAAUGAAGAAGAACGCGAACGUGACGCUCUCAGGAAAGAUCGGCAUAAUGAGCGUGCAAGGGAUAGGAAUCUAGCACGCGCUGCGCCAGAUAAGCGGUCGAAAUUACAACGUGAGAGGGAAAGAGAUAUUUCUGAGCAAAUUGCGCUUGGAAUGCCUGCCAAAGGGCAAUCAUCAGGUGAAGUACAGUUUGAUCAGCGUUUAUUCGGGCAGAAUCAAGGUUUAGGGCAUGGGUAUGGCGAUGAGGACUCGUAUAAUGUUUAUGAUAAACCAUGGAGGGAGGGGGGAUCAAUGGCGAAUCAUCUUUACAGACCAAAUAAGAAUAUUGAUAAGGAGACGUAUGGGGAUGAUUUGGAGACGUUGGUAAAAAACAAUAGAUUUGUGCCGGAUAAAGAAUUUAGUGGUACAAAUCGUGAAGCGACUAGAUCUGGUCCGGUGCAGUUCGAGAAAGAAGAAGAUCCCUUCGGUUUGGAUCAGUUUCUGAGUCAAGCUAAACGUGCCAGUAAGCGGAAGGAACCAGAACGCAGGGAUGAUAGGGAUAAGAGAAAGAGGCGUGAUUAAGUUGUGUUGUAUGAGUGAUUAUGGGUACAACUGAUUUUAUAAGUUUACUUAUUGAUAUAAUAAACUAUUUCUAAUUUCUAUGUGGUAACUGUGGGUCUAAAAUGUAAAUUUUUUGAGUUCUGAUAAACACAAAACACUGGUGUUUGUUAUCUGCGUCAUUUAAAUUAUCUAUGCAUUUUAAAAAUAGUUUUACUGGUAUUUGAAACAAUAUUUUGAGUGUUUUACUUAGUUAAUUGUUAAAUAACGAGUAGGAAUGAUGAAAAACUUGUUUGUUUGUUGUUUUUUGGUGUGUACAGUGUAUGCAGCCCGUGCUACGCCUGCUACACUCUUAGGUUCAAAGCCGUGUACUUGGGGGCCUUCCUACUUCUGUAAAAAUAUUGCAACUGCUCAUGAAUGUGGCUCGUCUAAUAUGUGUAUUAAUAACGUAUGGAAUAAACUAGAGUAUGCGCAGAGCGAAGACAGCGUGUGUUCUGCUUGCAUGGAAGCGAUUGGUAAAAUGCGUGAGGAAAAUACGUUGAAUCCGUUUGAGCAGUUCUGUGUUGAUGCGCAUUCCACGAAAGAUUCGCAAAUGGAGUGUUUGUUCUUGCGUAUGGGGUAUAAUGAUAUGCUGUUUGAGUUUAUGGCUUCUGAUUUGAGUCCGCUUACGAUUUGCUCUUUGGUUACCAUGUGUAAUAAAUCCAGUGAAGAAUAAUAAUAACAGGAAUGCGUUGGAUUUUAUGUUAAAUUGGUUUGAAAUAUAGACUAGAAUAAUUGCAAAGUA